UCUUUUAUAAUGUCUUUCACACGUGUUCGGCUGCGUUGCAGUCUCUGCAAGGGGUAGAGUGUUAAUACCUGGAGUCGGUGGCGCUCCCUGCCACACUGCAGCCUGCACUCUCACAACAACUCGCUGGACAAGAUGAUGGGACUUUGCACUGGACUGCUCCUGUCUGCCUUACUCCUCGUUCAGGUCAAUGGGGUGCCUAAACCUAAAGUAAAACCCGGUCCACAGACUCCAGCCGGUCUUUGCCGAACUAAACCCACCGAUCUUGUCUUCAUCAUCGACAGCUCUCGGAGUGUCCGCCCUUCUGAAUUUGAACAGGUGAAAGUGUUUGUGUCCCAGGUCAUCGAAUCCCUUAGUAUCGGCCCAAAUGCCACCCGGGUUGGAGUGGUCAACUACGCCAGCACGGUCAACCCCGAAUUCACCCUCAACGCACACCGCAACAAGGCCGCCGUCCUGCGGGCAGUCUCCCAGAUCAAGCCACUUUCCUCCGGCACCAUGACUGGCUUGGCCAUCAAUUUUGCAACCAACAUCGCUUUCAAUGAGGCCAGCGGAGCACGGGUGAAAUCCAACGCUGCCAGCAAGGUAGCCAUCAUUGUGACCGACGGCCGACCCCAGGACCGCGUGCGAGAUCCUGCCACCCGUGCCAAACAGAAAGGCAUUGAGAUCUUUGCCAUCGGUGUGGGCAGAGCAGAGCUGAACUCCCUCCGCGAGAUCGCCAGCGAGCCUCUGGAAGACCACCUGGACUACGUAGAGAGCUACAGUGCCAUCGAAAAACUUUCCAAAAAGUUUAAGGAAGCUUUCUGUGUGGUGGAUCUGUGUGCAAGCGGCGAUCAUGACUGUGAGCAGGUGUGCGUGAGUGUUCCUGGCUCUUAUAAGUGUGCCUGCAAUGAAGGAUUCACACUCAACCCAGAUGGAAAAACUUGCGGGACUUGCAGUUCAGGAGCUGUUGAUUUAAGUUUUGUUAUCGAUGGGUCAAAGAGUGUGAGACCUGAAAACUUUCAGUUGGUGAAAAAAUUCAUCAACCAGAUUGUCGACUCCCUGGAUAUUGGUGACCAGCAGGCACGGGUGGCCCUUGUCCAGUACUCGAGCACGGUCAGGACAGAAUUCCCCCUCAACAAGUUCAAUACAAAGCAAAGCAUCAAGGCUGCCGUCAAGAAAAUGGAGUACAUGGAGAGAGGAACGAUGACAGGCCUGGCUCUGCAACACCUGUCCGAGAAGGUCUUUGUCCCGUCCCUAGGAGCAAGGGACAACAUCCCAAAAGUCGGAAUUGUCUUCACUGAUGGUCGCUCACAAGAUUACAUUAAUAGUUUUGCAGAAAAAAUCAAAAAUCAAGGAAUUAAGAUGUUUGCGAUAGGAGUUGGGAAUGCACUUGAGGAAGAGUUACGGAUAAUUGCUUCAGAUCCAGUGAAGGAUCAUUAUCAUUACACCGCAGACUUCAAAACAAUGAACCAAAUCGCAGACAAAUUACAAGUCAAAAUAUGUGCUUCACCUAAAGACCCAUGUGCCUGCGAGUCACUAGUGGCGUUCCAAACAAAGGUCGAGAAAAUUAUUAAAACACUGACGUCCAAACUAGGUACCUUUGCAAAAAAACUGGCAGCUCUUGAGAACAGACUUCUUGUCUAAAAGAUUCAACUGCACUUUUCCUGACAACUGUUAACAUCAUCAAAUGUACUGAAAACAUGCUUAUGUAAUAUACAAGAGUAUCUGAAUUACUAAAAAAAAUGCUUUAAUUUUAAAAUGUCUAGUCUAGUUACCUUCUCCUUAUAAAGGAACCUUAUAACAGUAAGUGCAGCCAUUUUCAUUUGGACAAAGCACUGAAAUAUGCCAGAAACAUUGAUAUUCUUGGCAAUAUUUUUUGUAUAUUAAAAAAAGGAAGACACCAAAUACGAAACUUAAUCAUAAUUUCAUUUGUAUUUAUAUUGUAAUUUACUUGUUUGAUACUAACAUUGGCGUAUAAUACAAGCUUUUAUAUUUUGUCCUCUAGUAAAAAAAAAUUAUGAAUCAUAA